GAGCGAUAUGCCAAUCUUUCUGAUGAGGGAGAAGUGGAUCACUCUUUUUUUGAUAGUGAUGAUGAUGACAAAGGGAAAAAAGUUGUGACUAGCUCAAGCACUAGCAAGCAUGAGUACAAACAGAAUAAAGUUAUGGAUUCUGGGUCAGACGGAAGAGAAGAUGAUGCAGAGGAAGGAACAAGCAAAAUGGAAAGUGAAGAGGAGUCAGUGGCGUCUAUUGAUAAAAGUUCUCCAGAACCUAAGUCGUCUCCAGAUCCAAUGAGACCCAGAAGUGCAGCAAAGUCAGGCCGAGAUUCUGUGCAGAGCUUAAAAAUAGAAGCAACUAUUCCAACAGGAAUCCCCCAGAUCAGACGAGAGUUUGAAGACAAUUAUUACCCUGAUGAGGAGGACAGUAGCGAAGACGAAAGCCGGAGUUCCAGGCCCAAAACUGCAAAGCAAACCAGUAUUGGAAAGAAAAAUGUGACAAAGUACAGCAGGGAUUUUCCUUCUUCCAUUUCUAGCUCAGAUACAGAGUUUUCUGAUGCUCCUUCAGAUGACCAAACAUCAAAAUCUUAUCAGUCAUUAAGAGACAAAGUGCCCUCAUCUCUGCGCUCUCCUGAACGCAAGGCAUCUAGACCACCUAUCAGAGAUCUAAGAGACUAUGCUGAUGAAUCGGAGGACACAGUCACAGAUGUCACCCCUCUUUCCACACCAGAUAUCAGCCCCAUAUCAUCCUUUGACAUAGCAGCCACCAGUGAAGCACUGAGAUCUAAGGUUAAGCGACAAGAGAAUGUGAACCAGGAGAUUUACGAACCUGAUUUUGAAAGCAAGUCAGACCCAAAGGCUUUUCAGGAGGCAAUGGACCUGAACCAACUUCUCAAAGCAUUUAUGAACCUGGAUAAGAAGGAACCGAAGGGCCUUUCAGUGGAACAACCAACAACCAGAAACAAGAAGAACUAUUCUUUCAGCAAUGACGAGGUCAGGCACAUAGACCGAGAGAACCAGAGAUUGUUGAAAGAGCUAUCCAGGCAAGCUUCAAAGUCUAAAAGCAAGAGUCUGACCCCGAAAAAACCCAACAGCACCCCAUCCCGCCUCUACCAUAGCGCUCUGAACAGACAGCGGGAGCAGCAACGCAUUGAAAGGGAAAAUCUGGCUUUAUUAAAGAGGUUGGAGUCAGUGAAGCCAACGGUUGGUAUGACCCGUUCUGAGCAACUCUUGGACUAUCAGCGCCAAGCAGGAUAUUUGAGUUCUACAGCAACCUCUCCAAGGCCCGGAAAGGCUUCUGUAAGCCGAAUGAGCACAUCUUCAUCAUCCGGUGGGCUCUCAAGGGUGUCGAGUGCCAGCAGUCGAACUGGUCGCAUGGGCAGUAGUGGCGCUUUACUGCGGCCCUCUAAAUCCUGCAAUGCACGAGCAGCAUGGAUGUGA